AUGGGAUUCAUAGCGAUGUAUGCUACAUUAGCAAGUAGAGAUGUUGAUUGCUGCUUGAUUCCCGAGUCACCAUUUAACCUCGAAGGAGAAGGUGGACUCUUGGAGUUCAUAGAGAAACGGCUAAAGGAACAUGGUCACUUGGUGAUUGUUCUUGCUGAAGGAGCAGGACAAGAUUUGAUGUCCAAAAGCAUGGAAUCUAAUACUCUCAAGGACGCGUCUGGUAAUAAACUUCUUAAAGAUGUCGGCUUCUGGCUAUCACAAAGCAUCAAAGAUCAUUUUAAGAAGAUUCAGAUGGUGAUGAAUCUCAAAUACAUUGAUCCAGCAUACAUGAUCCAGGCUGUUCCAAACAAUGCAUCAGACAAUGUCUACUGUACACUUCUUGCUCAGAGUGUGGUUCAUGGCGCUAUGGCUGGUUACACUGGCUACACCAGUGGUCUUGUCAAUGGAAGACAGACAUACAUCCCUUACUAA